AUGGAAAAGCAGAACAUUUUUGCUAAAUUACAACUUAUCCAAACAGAAAUCAAAGAACUUAUUCGCACUGAGGAGAAUAAAUUUCAGAAAUAUAAGUUUUUUAAUGAAUUACAAGUUUUACAGUUAUUAAAACCUUUAUUAAAUAAAUACAAGUUAACUAUCUUAUUAAGUGAUGAUAUUUCUCAACCUUUUAUUCAUGAACGGGAAGGCAAAGAGCACUUUGUUAAGUACCUCAAAAGAUUAGCAAUAAUUGAUAUUGAGGAGCCUAAGGAUAAAUUGUUUUUUAACUUUUGGGCUUGUGGCAGCAAUGUAGACCUAGCUAAAGCCAAGGGUUCAGCCGAGACUUAUGCCUUAAAAUACUUUUUGAGUAAGUUAUUUUUAAUGCCGGUUAAGGACGAAGGUGACCCUGAUUAUCAGCCCCACAAAGAGAAAGAAGAGACAACUCCAGAAGAAAGAGAGGUAGUGAAAAAGUUCUUAAAAGAGCGUGGUUGGAAUAAGGAAGGAGAGAAAGGUAUUGUAGAAUUUGAGAUUAAUAAUGCUUAUUUUUGUGGGUUAAGAGGAGAUGAUAGUGUUAUUAAAGGCGGUGAUGAUAUAAAAGUUGGCAUUGGUAACAUUAAAGCAAAUGCAGUUAAGGGCAUUAGAGUCGAGACUAAUUUUAAAGAAGCUGCGAGACUGGCUCAUUUGGCGAGAUUCCGAGGAAGUGGGGGGUUAGUGGACUCUACUGUUGGGAGCGGAGAUAAUAUAAAAGAUAAAAAAGUUUCAGUUAUUUUGUUAAAAGGGGUAAUAGCAGGUACGGAUGAUAAUACAUUUCCAGUGAUUAAUGGUGAAACUGAUAUUAUUACUCUCAAUGAUGAUAAUUUUGCCGGCGGAUUUAGUUUCAGAGAUAAUUUAGAUAUUAAUGUUUUUCCGAAUGGUGGUGGCACUGAUGCUGCUGAUUUUGUUAUGGAUCCUGCCGGAGAUUUAAGUGCUAGCAGAACAGUCUUAGAAAAUAUUGGAAAAGUUCUUGAAGAUAUUGAAGAGAAAAUUAUGGAGUCCGAAGUUAAUAGCACGCUUCCUAUAGAUUUUCAAAAGGUUAAGGCAGCAGAUAAUAUUAGUAUUGAGGCUAAAAUUUAUGCUUUGGACAAUGUUCCGUCAGUUAAAAAGGAUGGGAGUUCUGAGGAUGGAGGGACUUUUUAUAAGUUCAUUAUUGAAGCAGGUAAAAAAACACUUUCCGAAAUUUUAAUUUGGAGAGAAAGUGGAUUUGAAACAAUCGGGGAAAUCCUAAGAGCGAAUGCCAACGGUUUUAUAAUUUGGUCUCGGAACUUAGGCGAUGCUACUACUAAUGUUAAUUUUGGGGAUAGCACUCACAAGGGAUUAUUAGUGGAAACUGAUGAUGAUGGUGUUGAUGUUCCCGAUGCAAAAACAAAUGUGAUAGAGGUUAAAAGGCUUAUUCAAAAUAAAAAGUAUAGAGGAUUUGAAAUGAUUGACAACAGCACUCAGAUGAUUGGAAAAAGUGAUAAUGGAGAUGGUGUAUUAGGUGAAGACGUUAGUGGAAAAUUAUAUCUUUGUUUUAGUGGUAUGGCAGCUAAGCCUUUAUCAAAAGACAGUAGAAAAGAAAAUAUAGAUAUUUUCCGUAAAUUAUUUACUAAUGAUAGCGAAAGCACUCCGGAAAAGUGUCGUGGUUUUCAGCCGGGCGAUAUUUUUGAGGACACCACUGACGCUAAUAGUCUUAAAUAUAAAUUAGGCGAUAAUACAAGCAAACGGGUGGAAAAAUUAGUUGACAAGAUAUCAGUGAAAAAAAAUAAUGGAAAAGAUGUUAGUGGAACGGAUAUGCUUCCAACUAAACAUUUCUUUGACAUUGCUGAUAAGGUUAAGGGUAAGGGUACGGAUGACGAAAAAUACACCGAGGCAGUUAAGGUUGCUUUCCACGACGCUGGUUUUGAAGAAACCGAUUCGGCGGACAAGUUAGUAGAUUUAUUGGAUUUAUAUGCUCACCAGGCUCGGGGCUUAAUUAAAUAUAGUGAUAAACAAACUGAUUUUGAUGCUGAAUAUGAGAAGACUAAGAAAGUAUUAGAAUUAGUAAAAGUUGAUUAUUCUAAGAGUAAUAGUUCGGUGACUGAUACCCAAGCUAAAGAGGCCAAAGCUAAACUUGAAGCUGCAAAAACUGAAUUUCCAGGGUUGGAAAAAACUUGGAUAAAAAAAAAACUGGAAGAAAUUUCUGGACGGACUGGUGAUAAAACUUUGGACCAAAAAAUUGAUGAUGAAAUUGUAAAGUAUACGGAUGCUUCCUCUAAUGCUUACAAGGCUUAUAAAGCAUUUAAAGAUUUGACAGAUAGCGAUGAUAACCGAACUGAGGCAAUUUUCGACCAAUUAAAAAUUUUAGUUGGACUUUUGAAAGAUGCUAAUGUUACAAAAACUAGUUUAAAUCCUUUCAAAAAUGAUGCGGCGGCAACUUCGCCAAAAGGUGAUAAUCAGGAACUUAAAAAUGCUAAAGAGGAUUUAAGACAAGCGGUUAAAACUGCAAUUAACAAAGAAGAUGAUGCUACUAUCAAUAAAAUAAUUGAAGGUUUUGAAACUGAUGUUAAAAAAAUUAAAAGAGUGACUACAAUUAUUAAAGAGGCCAAUAAAGGGAAGGGAAAAACUUCAGGCGAAGCCGCUCUCAAAGUAAGAGAAAAUGAUGCUGAUAUCAAGGGUUAUGUUGAGAAAAUUUUGGAAGAAUUAGGAAAAUCCGAAGCAAAAAUAAAGAAAUUUAUCAAUGAUAAAAUAAAAAAUGCGAACACUAAGGAGAGUUUAGAUGAGAUUAAGCAAGAAUUAGAAAGUAAUACAGAACUUGAUGCAACGGAGAAAGGAAAAAUAAAAGAAAAGGCAAUCCCUCGGAAGUAUUUAUUGAUAGAGUUGAAAGAUAAAACUUCCACAGAGGAAGAAGGAUUAAAAGAUUUAAUCAAGCAUUUCUUAGAUAAAGUUGAUUUGAAUACUGAUGGAGAUUAUUGUAGUAAUGAUAAGAAAGAUGCUCUCAAAACAAAAUUGACUGGUUUGGAAAAAUAUCAGGCUAGUGGUAGUAAUAGUUCAGUUUACAAUAGUUUAAGCCAAGAAGGAAAAGGAACAGUUGACAAAUUAAUUAAAGAGGUUCGUGAAAGGAUUUCUAAAAUGGAAGAAAAUGAUAGACACGAUAAUCCUAAUAAUAGUCCUGAACCGAAUUUUUGA